ACAACUACAAGUCCCAUGAUGCAGUUGGGCCGGCGCAGUACCUGGGUCAGUGCCCAGGAGCUGCACAGCCUCGCGUCAGACUCAUUUGUGAUAUUUCUGGCGAGGAGAAAUGGCUGCAGCUCUGUCCCGAGCCCUCAAACUACCCGGGAAGAAGGGCUCACAGCUCGGGGAGUACGACCCUCUCACCCAAGCCGACAGCGAAGACGAGAGCGAAGAGGAUGACCUCGUCCUCAACUACCCCCGAAACGGCCUGGGCAGGGACAGCUGCCUGGGCACCGGGUCCUCCAAGCUGCGCGGCUGCAGGUCCGGAAGACUCGUGGGGGCCACGGAUGAGGCCCAGGAUGAAGACGAGGAGGAGGACGAGGAGGACGAGUGGACGGAGAGACUCCCAAGCAAACCCAGGCAGGACAGAGAUGACAUGAAAGGCGGGAAGUACUGGCGGCACAGGGACUCCAGCAGGGAGAGGAUGGGGGAGGACAGAGGGGGAGCUGGGACAUCGGGGGCUGCGGGGUUGGGGGUUCACAUCUCUGAUACGGAAGAGAAGAAGCUGAGAGUGAAGAACGCGGUCCGAAGUGCAUUUUUCCUGGUGCCGCUGGUCUGCGCCAUGUUGCUCGUGCUGCUCUGUGCUUUCCUGAUUCCUUGCAAGAAGGGAGAGCAGCAAUGGGAGAGAGCCCUGGGAGAAGCAGGAGGUGUGACUCCACCCCCUCUGGCGUUGUGGGAUGUUGAUGGCGACGGGGCGGAGGAUGUGUUUCUGGGCGUGACUGGACGGACUAAUGAGACCCACUCAGCACAAGGGAACAAAGUUUACAGUGCCGUGGCCGUGUCUGCAGUCAGCGGUCAGGUGCUGUGGAGGAAAGUCAUGAAGGAAUACGUCAGCUACAUCCAGUGUGGUCUGCAGAACAGCGUCCACUUUUCUCCCGUGUGCCUCCUCGGUGGGAAAUCCCUCCUCGUCGCUGUCAAUGGCACCACAGGGAAGGACUUGUGGCAGCUCCCCCUGAGGAACAUUGAAUCCCAGGCGGUUUUACUCCCAGACCUGGAGGGCGACUCGGUCCCAGAUCUGCUUGUAGCCACCCUGCCUGCAGACAAUUCUCUGGAUUUAGCACUGACUUUGAUCUCUGGACAAAAAAAAGAGGUGAUUGGACAUCCUGUCCCUUUCAACCUCACGGGACAGGGAAAGCUGAUUGGUCCUUUGCUGCACGAGACUCAGAAAGGAGCAUACUACAUCUUAUUUGGUCUGGGUAACAUUCAGGCCAUUUCUUUACGAGACAUCUACAUCCGUGCCACCGGCAAAAUCCCCGUCUCUCAGCAGCUCAGAAAGAAGGAUCCAGGAUGGGAGGCGCUCAAGGAACCCAAUUCCUCCUCCCUCAUACACAUCUACAGAGGCACUGAGUGUGUGGAGUUCCUGCUCCCUCUAGUGGCUGGAUUUGGUAACAACCGCAACAGUCUGGACAACGUUUCCAACCUGAACUCCAGCAGAAGUGACUUGGUGUUGGUGUACGGUGAAAAGAAGCUGUCGGUGCUCGGAAAGAGAGACCUGCGCAAGGAAUGGACCUUCAGCUCAGCUCCCAUUCACAGUCAGCCAGCACCGGGACACUUCAAUAAUGAUGGCGUCCUGGAUCUUUUCCUCCAGCAUUCAGCGAAUGGGGUCAUGACGGCGGUGGUUAUCGACGGAGCCAGUAGCCACCCUCUGUGGACGGCCGAGUUUGUGUGUCCUCAUCUCGUUUUGGAAACAUCUGCAAUCUCCACCUCAACUGGCAAAUCAGCGUUCUUGUUCUGGGCCAGCGACCCGAUCAGAGCACAGAAAAACGUUACCAAGACAACGGUGGCACCGGGCGUUUCUGCGGCGGUGCCUCUCAUUAGAAAACUCUUCCUGAUGCAUCCUGCAUAUCCCACGGUCCUGCUGGAGCUCGCCAGCACCACGGACACAGCCGUAACUUCUGCAGUGAGUUACCAGGAGCAUCAGAAGGACGCCACCUACAUCACCGUGUCCUCUCGGCCCACACCUGGCUCUGAGCCCGGUUCCCGGAUACUCAAGAGCAUGAGCCUCAAAGCUGCCAUCGCCAAGGGACAGAUCGUCCGGAUAGGAGAAACCGACAAGACGGGGGGCGCGGUUAAACCCGGCGUGUUUGAGGUCAACACAUUCUUCAGGCGUUUGGCCUUCACACGUUAAGUCAGACGGACGGCUGGGAGGAGCCAGUGAUGCUUUUUUUUUUUUUUUUUUCCUUUCGUAAGCUGUGGCCAGACACUAAAGGAACUGUGUUGCUUUGUUUACUGAUGAAUGCUGGUACGUCACCCUGUGUCACAAAGAGCUCAACAACUGAGAGGCUUCAUGGACGAAAGGGACAAAUGUGAACAAUUCUGCACUAAGUACACACUUCCAAUUCAUUCGCUGUUAGGUUCACUAAGCAGAGUUUCAUUUCUGUUACUGUGAAAGAGAUUCCUCCUGUUUUCACUAAUCCUAUGUUUUUACAUUGAAACUGGUUAUUUAAAUUAUUUAAGCAGCAGUAGUAAGUUUAUAUUUAAGUAAAGCAGAUUAACUUUAUACGGUAGGUUGUUACCGACAGUGAAGCACAAUAAUAAUGACGCCUGGUCAUGUGAAUGGGUAUAACUUUUCCCUGGCCAGUCUUUUUAUUUCCGACAUUUCCAUUUUCCAUAACAUUACUAAUUGUAUUUGUUCUGGUUAUCACCAAGUUGAGAGGUUUGUAAAUAUUUGAUGCUGUACAGUAUUUAUUGGUUUGGUUUAAUGUUUUUAAUUUUUCUUGUUUGACUGAACGUAUUUUUUUAAUGAUUGUAAGAUCGACUGCUGUUUUCUGGUAAACUGGAACUUGAAAUGAUGCAUGAGAAAGUAAACUCUUACAUGUGCUGGAUGUCCAGUGUGCUGGCUGCGGUGUUUCCUGCUAAGCUGCGGUGUGGGUGAACGGCCAGCAGAUGGCGCUGCUGCAGCCUCUCACCCAGGCAGCAGCUAUUCUCCGCAUAGACAUGCAAAAACCCCCCAAAUACAUUUGUACAGGCUAUCGAGUUUGGUGAAAUAUGAGUUCAUAUUACAAAAACAAGAGUAAAAUAAUUUAAUGACGAGUGCCAUUUCAAGAGUGAUAGUUUCCUGAGGGUUUUAUAAAAUACUGCGCACGUUUAAAUACCGUAAAUAAUGUACAAAAUCAUCUUUUUAAAUCUGCCUCCCAUAGCAACCCGCUUUAGGGGCGGGCUCAGUUCUUUGUGGGCGGGGCCUCUAACGAUUGUUUCAAUGAUAAGUCCCGCCCCCUUUAUUUGUUGCUAUUGUCAAUUUGGGUAAUCUAUCCUUGUUUACAGUUUACUGGGGUGAUUCCCUGUGUGAAAACUUCACCCCGGGAGGCGCUGGAUACAUUUUGAGUACCCAAAAGGGCCACGUUUCUUUGAAUAUUCAAGUGGAACAUAAAUAUGCGUGGGAGGGACAUGUUUUAAAUCCAAAAUAGAAAAAAAAGGGUACACUUGGUAACAUGGAUUUAGAGACGAGGGCUUGCAGGUCACAAUGCAAGCUGGAGAAGGCUCGUCUGCAGUUGUCAUGAUAGAUAAUGUUCAGGAUCAACACUGUUCUUACACAGCAGGUGAAGUUAAAUUUGAUUUACAUUUAAUUAAUUUGGAAACGCUAUUUAGUGCUAUACUGCAAAUUAGUAGAUCUUAAGUUAUACCACUAUUUAUUAUCAUAGCUGCGAAUAGCUAUCUAGCACAAUAUCUGAAAUUAUACUAGACAUGCUCCACUUAGCUCUGUCUUGUCCAGGUUUAAAGAACAUAAUACAUUUCAUUGCUUGUCUUCUUGGGACACCUGGCAUUACAGGAACCCCAGUCACAUCACUACCUUUUUGGGGGGCGGCAUAAACACCAUGCAAUGAAUGCAUUGUAAACAGCUGUACCUUUUAGCUUCAAGGACAGCACAAAAUCCUGAAUCGAGUUCUGGUCCCUGUGCAAACUCAAUAGCCAUUGGCCCAUCUGAUUUUGCGGGGCGGAUUUUUCCAACAAGUCAAUUGGUGAUGCUGGAUAAUUAUACUUGGAUCUUGGGUGUGUGAUGUUAAAGUGCCCAGUCAAUCUGUGUGGCUCACUGAGUCAUACCUUUAGACUUAAAUGUCACCAUAAAAAGUAAAGAGGGUGUUUUUUUUUUUUUUGUCAGGGUUUUUUUUAUUUGAUUAGACAUUUUAGACACUCAUAAAUAUGAUUUCAAGCUUAGGAAAAUAAAAAUUCUCUUUCCAUAUGUCCCCUUUACAGCUUUUGAUUUAAAAAAGGCAAAGAGCCCAUUAUCAAUACCUGGAAUUCUGGUAGGGAAAGAGUUUGAAAAACAUUCAUGUGCUUUGGUUUUCGUAACUCGCAGCUUUUACUGAAGCCAUAACAUUUUAAUAAGUGUGAAGUAAAAAAGUUUACCUUUCACUUCUUUUUUCCUUCACAGAUUAUCCUGUUUUAAUCACUACUGCUGGGAAGUGUCAUUAAAGAAUACAUAUUUAAAUGCCUUCCUGGGGUUCGUCCUGCUGUGUUUUCAAAUGACUUCUGCCAGCAAUGGAUUUAGGGUUUUUACCAUUACUGACAGUUUAGGCUGUCUAAAGUUAUUCAUAUCGUACUGUAUUUGCAUGCGCUACUUUCAGUCUUAGUGAAGGGUAUAACACUUACAAUACAGCACAUCCUGUCGGCUUAAGUUCAAAAACAGAGCAGAGAUCACACAAGUCACACGAAUAUUAGAUGAAUCCUCUUAUCGCUACAAUGUACAUAUGAUCUUAUCUGACACUUAAGCUGAAACACAACACAUUUCAUGUGUCUUCUGUUAGAUUUACAGGUGCACAGUCCCCAGAAAUCAUCUCGAAAAGGACAGCCAGUCAAAGAUCUGAACUGUUAUGGAAGAAUUAUCUAAUAAUUCUAACAUUGAG